AAGCCCCCCAAUGCCCAAUCCUAAGCAAGCAAGCACAACUAAUCAGAGCAUUCUACACAAGCAACAAGCAGGGUCUAGCUAGUACUCACUACUACUAAGCUAAGCUUCACUUGCAGUAGCAUUAGAUCUUUGGAGAUGGACCGGGUGACGAAGUUGGCGGGGCAGCGGGCGGUGGUGAUCUUCAGCAUGAGCUCCUGCUGCAUGUGCCACUCGGUGAUGCGGCUGUUCCGGGAGCUCGGGGUGAACCCGACGGUGGUGGAGCUGGACGAGGACCCGAGAGGGAAGGAGAUGGACAAGGCCCUGGUGAGGCUCCUGGGCCGCAACCCGGCUGUGCCCGCGGUGUUCAUCGGCGGCAGGCUCGUCGGCUCCACCGACAAGGUCAUGUCCCUCCACCUCAGCGGCAACCUCGUCCCGCUGCUCCGCAAUGCAGGGGCGCUCUGGGUGUAGCCCGCGACUCUGCACAUUAUAUUCCUGGCCCAGCGUGCGCGGGUUCUCUGUGUAUUCCGCCGCCUCCUACGUAUAUACACAGUGGAGGCUACGGGAGAAUAAAUGUGCGCAAGCAUGCAUGCUUUGUAUCAGGUGAUGAUGGUAGUGGCGAAGUAAUUAAGUACGUAUAUGGAAGCGUAUGCAGGCUUUUUUUUUGGCACUGCAAUAAUCUGUAGAGAGAGAGGAGAGUGUCGUGUCACUAUGUCAGGGUCUUUUGCACUGCAACAAGAAUACGUCUGCUCUGUAACUGUACUCCCUCCGUCCUUCAUAAGAUGUUUGACUUUUUUAAA